AUGGCCUUUGAUCGCACAGCUGUCCAGAGCUGGGUCCUUGAGCUGGACGACGACGACAGCACCGCUCUCCAGUGCCAUCUAGCCGAUGCUCACGAGCAGCAGCAGCAGCAGGAGGAGCAACAACAACACGACGAUCAUUACCACCACCACCACCAGCUCCAUCACCAUCACCACCACCACAUUGACUGUGACGAAUCCGAGCCGCCGCCCGAGGAUUUUUACGCAAUUCACACGCCCUCUGUGCGCUCGCACGAGCAUCAGCAGCACCAGCAGGAGCAGGAGCAUGAGGAGGACCACCAGCAUGCGCCUGCCAUGUCGACCCGUCCGCGAACCACGUCGACCACCAGCGGCCAGCGCUCAGCCUCAACCUCAGCCCUGACCUCAGCGCCGACAGCAUCGCGCGCAUCACCCGCCGUCUCCAACAAGGUCAGGGCAAUCGCAGAACAGAUCAAUCAGCGAGAACGGUCGGUCAGCGGCGGGGGAGGCCGUCCGGCUACCACCACAACGCCUGUAGCACGGCGCUCCCAAUCGAAGGAGCCAGCGCGAACACGGGCAGGCGCCUACGAUGCCGCAAGACGUGCGAGAACCUCGAUAUCCUCGACGGCAUCGACUGCAUCUGCAGCACGCCCGGCCAAAGAGGCCUCGUAUGGAUCCUACAAGUUUAACAAUCUUAAGCCGCGAGAGCGGCCACAGCCUGCCCCGGCGUCACCCCGCCACACCCACCGUGCAAACGGCAGCAGGGCCAGCAGGGGUGGCAGCAUCGAUCAGCACACGACGCACGCACGCUCCCAGAUGGCCUCACCUGUCCGUCGACCAGCUUCUGGUGGACGGCAGCCCUUGUUUGGGGAAGUCGGUGCGUUGCAGCUGGAGGGACCCGGCUUCGGCAUUCCCACCUUUGACAGCACCCUGGGUGACGGGGCGGAUGGCUUGCACGUGGCUGCCACGUCCUCCAGCUCGCCCCAUCACAAGCAGGCUGUCACGCCUGCUACACCGACAUUUGGCGCCCACGAGCAGACGGCAAACCCCCCAGAACACGCAAAAUCGCACCGUAGACGCUCGCCUCAGUCCAGAAUACCUGUGGCCGCCCGACGCCUCAGCGCCACAUCCGACUCCAGCUCGUCGACACGCUCGGUCAAAUACACUCCGACCCGGCUCACGCCUCAUAGCAACAGAGCCUCUCCUACGCGCACAAGCAGGAGACCCAUACUAACAGGAGCUGUUGUUGGCCGGCGUAGCGUCGACCAAUCAACAUUACCGACCCUAGCUUACCGUGCAUAUCGAGAGCAAGAGAAGACGACCGCUGCUGUGGGAACGAGAGGCGGACCAAGCGUGCCAGCCGUAGUGACUGCCCCGCCUCCGCCCACCUCCCCACGUCUACGUAACUCGCGAGAACGGCAGCCCCUGCAGUCAUCCCCAAGUCCUGGAUCCCGGAGCUCUGCACCCCAUGGUGAACAGGGCUACUUCCCCACGGGUGCCGGCUUUGAUUCGAUACAGGAUGCAGGCCUGAACUCAGAGCAGCCUCCUCUCACCAAUCACAACAUGGAUGGGCGCGGCCGUUUCAUGGAUACAUACGACAGCCACGAUUCUUCCGACCUGCCACGCCUCCCAUCACCCCAGCAGCGUCUGAGCCUUCAGACCUCGAGAUUGCCGCACUCCUCGCCGCCUGAACCUGCCUCGGCUUUCACGGAGUUUGAGGAAUCCCCCGUCUUGGGCAUUCCAGGGAGUUUUUUGAUGACACCUCCUAUUAUACACCAGAAAUCGGAAGAAAAAUCGCCCCAGCAGACCGUAUACCAUGGUGCCGUCCAGGAAAUGGGCUACCAAUCACCUGGAUUGGAGCAAUCUGAACUCGAUGUCAGAGCGUCCAUCCCCAUAAUGCUUAGCGAAAAACACGCUUCACAACCUUCUGAGCACACUUCUGAGCUGCUUGACGAAGUCCUCAAGCCGAUGGGCUUUGAACAUGAGCCAGAAGAUAACACAGCGGCCUAUGACAGGGAUGACUCGUCCAUGAAGGCACCCCACAACCGAGAGACCCUUUAUCCUGACGAUUCUGCGAGUGUCGCUCCGUAUCGAGCAGUAGGGUCUUUAGCGUUUGACAGGGAGACGUACAGUGUCGUCAACUCCGUACUCAAUCUUUACCAUCAGUCGCAAGUCGUAUCGCCAGAGCUGGCAUCGCUCUCCAAAGAAAGAGUGCAGCGAGUCUCACCUGUUGUUGCACAACACAAGGACUGGGGAUCCAAAGAAGCUACCGAAACAUAUUUGGCCCGAUUGUUAAGUGAUGCCAAUGCAUCUUCGGAUGAUCUAGGGAAACCACAAACAAGCCAGAUUGAUGGCCCGAGCCAAGACCCCCAUCCAAACACACAGGACAUAUCAGAAGUUGAGUCUGGAGGCACUGCGAUCAUAUAUCCCUCUGAAUCGAGACGAUAUUCGCGUGGCUCCAGAGGAUCUACUGCCACCACCAUCCAAGAGAACGCCUCCCAUUCCGGGAGCUCCUCGGGCAAUCCAUCCAAGGAGUCGCUCGUACAGCACUCGACGCUCGAUCCACAACCUGAGUCCGCAACUAACAUCGAACUGCCGCAGUUAGCAUGGACCCAUGAGGGCCUCGGACUCUCACUACAGGAUUCACUAUCACACUCACCACCAACGCAAUAUACGCCACCACGCCCUGCUUAUUCGCCUCCACCACCCCCCGUUCAGCCAUCGGUUGAGCAACGAUUUGCGUCAUCUUCACUACGGCCAUCUCCACCAGCGCUCACGAGUGAUGCUCAGUUCGAAAUGCAUCCCGCUCGCGCGCGCACGCCCAUUAUCCACACUCAAGAGCAGAGUCUUGAAGAUCGCUAUGGGACCCCACAACCAGUGGAGGCUACGAGUUUGAUACCAACAGGAGUAGAAAAGGAACAGAGCGGCCCUAUUGAUCCUGCGAAACAAGCGCUUGUCAGACGUUACAGGAUCCUUGAAGAGUUACUCACUACAGAACACCAAUUUUGCAUCGACAUGAUGAUCGCACACAACAUCUUUGAGGCAACUGCCCCAAAUCUCAUGAGUGAAAAAGAGAAGAAGCUUUUGUUUAGCAACUGCAAAGAACUGGAAAAGUUCUCUCUAUCCUUGUUCCGCUCGUUCAAGAGGGCGGCUAGGCCUGUUGUCAAUUACGAGAUACCACCUCCGACCGGACCGUGGAACAGAGACCCUUCCGAUACUAGACCCUACAAUCCUCCUGAAUCUUCUCUUACUCUUCGAAGACCAUCCGAAGACGCCGAAAACCAAUUCGAGAAUUGUACAUUGGAAAAUGAUCGCUUAACAACGAUCGGACAGGUUUUCCUUGAUAACAAGGAGAAGAUGGAGCGACUCUAUACGACGUAUUUCUUGAACCAAGACAACGCAAGCGCAUACAUCAAGAAAAAUCAGCACAAUCCGGAUCUUUCUGGAUGGGUUGUUGCCUGCUUCGAACAGGUAGAGAAUAUGACACAAGCCUGGGAUCUCGACUCGUUGCUUCUCAAGCCGUGUCAACGAUUACUGAAGUAUCCUUUGCUUCUUGAAGGCCUCGCGAACGCGAGUGACCCGGAUCAUCCAGACCUGCAGAAUAUCUUAGAUGCACGCAAAGAACUACUCGCAAUCAAUGCACGUAUCAACGAGGCCAAGGCGCGCUCUGAUACGUUCCGUGCUGCUGCAUCAGAAGGCAAGAAAGAAAAGAGUAGAGGAAAGGGUUUGGGCAAGACGUUCGUCAAGGCCUUCAUCCCGAAGGUAGACAAGAGCAAGGCCUAUGAUGAGGCUGACAAAGCUUUCAAGGAUCAAGAAUACAAGUCAAGGGAACAAAAAUUCGGAGGCCAUUUCUUUCAACUCCAGAUCGUUAUCCGGGAUUUCGAACAGUAUCUCGAGUCCAUCACGGAGCACUACUUACAGCUUAACAUUGUCUUUCUCGGCUUCAUUACUGUAUGUGAAGUCGCACCGUCGAUAUACCCGGAGAUCGAGAGUACCUGGCGGAAAUGGGCGAUGGCCCAUUUUGAGCUUCAGAAUAAGGCACUCGAGGACCAUAAAGCUGCUGUUCGCAGCCGCGUUUUGAAGCCCGUUGGCGAUCUGUGGGAGAUGUGGGUAUCGUACCAGAAGACGAUCGAACAGCGCAAGAAGUAUCUGCUAUACUACGUCAAGCACAAGCAAUUGAUUGAUCGGGGCGAAAAGGUAGAUCCCGAGCUCGAAGAUUCUGCAAAGAAGUUUAUUGCGAUCAACGAUACCCUCAAACAUGAGUUGCCAUUGCUCUAUGAAAGAACAAAGGGUCUCAUGCGCAGUUUGAUGACUCUGUUCAUGUGUCUCCAAAAGGACUGGUAUAAAACUUGCUCAAAGAAGAUUCUUCCCUUACUCGAAAGCGAACCUCAACAUACCACGUCGCUUCGGUACGACAUGGACUCAUAUGUUGAGCGGUUUCACGCCGAUUACAAGCCAAUGCAGGAUCUUGCAAACAGACUUGGCAUAAUCAACCGAAGCCUCUUGGUCGACAUCUCGAACAUGACCUCGCCUGUGCCAACCAUGUCCUCGGAUGGUGAUUCGUCUCGCAACUCGUCCUCCCGUCGUACAGAGUCUAUAGGUAGCGAAGCAUCUAUGCUCGAUGGCCGCCAUCGAAAUAGCGGAGGAUAUACACAUCGGCCGCACGCACGAAAUCCCGACCCACCACGUUCUACUCCAACGGGCCCAGCGUAUCCGUCGCUGCACCAGACAGCCUCGACAGGACGGCCUGGGCCAGGACCAACAUCUCUACGCGAAGCCCGAGCCCUUAGCCCUAUUUCAGACAAUAGCGACGCGACGGUCAUGCAUAGCGGCGAGCGUCGCAACACUGGUCCUUCAUCGCGCAACAAUAAUUACUACUUACUUGAUGGGGUUGUUGAAGACGACCGUUUGCCUUUCGGGUCCGGCGCUUUUGACUUUCCACCCCAACUAGGCGCCUCUUUUCUGUCUCCCACCACGCAGACGACAAGCCAUAGCCGGUCCGUGCCCAUGUCACAGUCCACUUCCUUGCCCGGCUCGACGCGAACCUCUGGCAUCUUCAACUCUGCCCUCCCCAUGUCCGACUCUCCCAUCCGCGGCAGCGUCGAGGAACUACCAACCACACCUGCCGACACGGACGAGCCCGAAGUCCUCUUCCUAGCCGCCAGUCUCUUUGAGUUCAACAUUGCACACGACCGCCGCGAAGGCGGCAUACCGUACCUCGUCUACGUCCCCGGCGAAAUCUUUGACGUCAUCGGCAUGAAGGGUGAAUUGUGGCUCGCGCGCAAUCAGGACGACGCUUCGAAAACUGUCGGCUGGAUCUGGGAAAAACACUUUGCACGUAUUCUUCCGGAGGAUGCAUAG